AUGAGUACAACUCCUUUAAAACGCGAGUCGGAUGCACUGUCCCAUAAUUCAAUGCAUAGUACAACACCUCAGUCCAUACCGUCGUCGACAAUGCAACAGUCCCAACAAGCACCAAAUACUACGACACACCCGCCACAACAACAACACCAACAGCAACCAUUACAAUCAUCUCCUCAUCAAUACAUGGGACCAGGUCAACAGCAAGGACCACCACCUCCUCAUGUUUCACAGCAGAUGAUGAGUCCGUAUCAUCCAAAUUAUUAUCAACAACUUCCACCACCUCCACAAGGACCUAAUGCUUAUUAUAAUGCACAACCAAAUUUUUAUCAAGGACAACAAGGAGGUAACAAUAAUCAAUAUCAAGGUCAAGUGGGACCUCCACAACUACCUGGACCUCAUUCUACACUCCCACCUCCACCACCACCACCUCAACAACAACAACAACAAUAUCAACAGCAACAACCACUUCAAGUAAUGCAACAAUCACCACCUCAACCACCACCUCCUCAACAACAGAUACCAAUUCAACCACCAUCUGGCACAGGUCAACUAAAUCCAGCACAACAGCAGAUGGGACAAAAACAAGUACAAUCAAAUCCCGCAGUACAAGAUUCGAGAAAGAGACUACAUUCACAAACACAACCAACAAGUCGAGCAGCGGCAACAUAUCCGAGAAAAAGAGCUUUAACAGCUUGUGAUACCUGCCGAUUAAAGAAAAUCAAAUGUGAUAAUGUUCGUCCUCGAUGUGGAUCAUGUAUAAAGAAUGGAAAUAUGAAUUGUCAUUAUAGAACAGAUGAUCAACAAAAGGACUAUUCAAGUUAUGAUCCAGCAUCUUUGAAUAUUUUAAGUAAAUUAGAUGUUAUUUUAAAAGACCUAAAAGAUAUCAAAGGUGGUAAUGUUGGCAGUAGAGGAAGCGUUGAUUCAAAUACUAGUGGUUCAGAUUCAGGAAAUCAAUCAGAUCAGAAAAGUAAAAAAUUUACAUUUGAUAAAUGUAUUUGGGAUAUGUCAAUUACAUCCAUCAUGAAAUGGAGAUCAUUUUUAAAAGAAAUGAAGGAAACUCCUGAACAUGUGGAAAUACUUAAACUGCAACUAUUCAAUGAUUAUGAUACAAACAAUGGAGCUAUGAAAAAGACAAAAUGUUCAUUACAACAAUCUUUGGAGAAUUAUAAUUAUCUUGAGAAACUUAUUGCCAAUAAUUUUUCAAAUAUUAUCAAUUCAUUUUUUGUCAAUACAUAUACAAAGAUUCCAAUUUUGGAUACAUAUGAAUUUUUUGAUACUUUAGAAAAAUAUCAACUUUUAGUACAAAACUUGCCAGAAUUGACAUUAUCUAAAUUACUUGAAUUAUAUGUUAGUGAUGAAGAAUUACCCGAGGAAAUUCUGUAUAUUUAUCGUGCCCAAAAUACUGAAAUGAGUCCAAGUGUUAUUUUGCUGUUUAAUAAGUUGAUUCAUGCGAUUCCUUUAAUUCUUAUGGUUUGUGCCCUUGGUAUAAUGAGUGUUCCCGUACAAUUAGAUAAUCUUACAAAAUUUAGCAAUUCCCUAGAGGAAGCUGAUUCCAUAGAAGUGGGGUGUUUAUCUGGUGCUGAUGCAUUUAAAAAUAUACCAGAUAGUUUCCCACGAAGAAGAAUGGCAAUUGCUUUUAUGUUGAAAGAAUAUGCUCAAGUUCUUUGUAGUACAUAUCCUCGAAUUUUGAAGGAAAAUUCAAUUGCUCAAGUACAAUAUCAUUUGCUUAUAAGUCAAUUGUACUUACAACUGAAUUCAAUUUUAUUAGCACAUACCCAUAAUGUUUUAGCAAGUCGACAUAUGAUUUAUUUUUUACAAAAGAAAAAGUACCAAAAACAGGAAUAUGCUGAAGCUAAAAAGGAAACUAUUGAAAGACUAUUCUGGACAUGUCUAAAACUUGAAUGUGAAUUAAAUGUAGAAUUAUCCCCAUUAGUUCCUUUAUCUGGUAUAACUCAAGUUGAACCUCCAACUUUAUUUCCAAAGAUUCCUGAGCCAUUAUCAGAAGAAGCAAAGAGUCAAUAUAGUGAUAGUGUUAUUAAAUUGGCACAAACAUAUGAUGAUCAAUAUACUUGGUAUUAUUUUUUGACGGAAAUUGCUGUCCGUAAAGUGGAUAAUAAAAUGUUUGAUGAAUUUUAUCCAUUGGAAAGUAGUUUAAAUAAUGUUUGGGAUUCAAGUAAAUUUUGUGAAGAAAAAAUUUGGGUUUCAUUUAUUAAAUAUUUGAAUCAAUACAAUGGGAUUAUAAAUUCUUUAUCACCAGAGAUUAGAAGUUUUGUAUUGCAAGAAACAAAUGUUGAACAAAUCCAUCGUCGAAUGAAGAGGAAAUAUGAAAAGAAACAACUGGAUCAGAAUAAUAAUGGGAAUAAAAUUGAAAAUGAUAUUUUUGAUAGUUUAGAUGAUUUCUUGAUUGAUGAUGAUUUAUUAGUUCGUGCUCAAUCUGAAUCCAUCAUGUUUAUUAAAACAAGAGUUAUUGUUUCCAAAUUAUUAUUGUUCCGUCCAAUUGUUUAUUUAUUUCUCGAAGAUAAGAUAUCAUUUAUUGAAAUUAUUCAAGCUGUUAGUUCAGUAUUGGAAGAUUCUGUUAAUACCAGUUCAUUAACAUUUAACAAUUUGAAUACAAUAGAUUCACCAAAUUCAUCACUUGCCUCUAGUUCAUUUCAUUUAUUAAGUGAUAGUAAUAGUUCAGAUUUAGAAAUGGAUUAUUUUAAUCUUAUUAAUGCACCAUUAUUUUAUCAAAAACAACAUCCAGAUGAGGAUUUUUCCAAUUUAAUUGAUUAUGAUUUGAAAUCACCUCAAGGGGAUAAUAAUUCAAAUAAUGAAGAAGAUCAAGAAACAACAUUUACAAUUAAAAAUAUGCCAUUAGCAAGAGCAAGAAUAUUAAGAAUUUUCAUUCAAAAUCUUAUUUCAUUACCAAAAUUAACAUUACCUAAAUUAAGUACUCAUAGACAUCCUGGACUGUGGUAUUAUUUAAGAAAUUUAAUUGUUGGAAAUGUAUGUCAAUAUCUUUUAUUUAAAAAAAUCCAAGAAUUAAUACUUAAAGCAAGUACAGACGUUGAAUUGCAAUCGAUUAUAGCUAUGCAAUUACAAAGAGAUAAAUCUAAUAAUGGAUCAGGAUCAGGAGGAAUGAAAUCAAUGGAAGAAUUAAUUGGAUUAAUUAAUAUAGUUAUUGAUAUAAAAGGAAUUAUUGCUAGUUUUGAACAUUGUGUUAUUAUUAUGGAAUAUUGGAAAGAUGAAGUUAAAGAUUGUAAAAUUUAUCAAGAUUUUCUUAAAAAAAUUCUUCUGGAUUUACAGAAUACUAAUAAUAGUAAUAGUAGUAAUAAUACUACCGGGUAG